AUGGCUGAUGAUGAGCAAGAAACUUAUAAACUUUGGAGAGUGAGGAAAACGAUUAUGCAGAUGUGUCACGAUCGUGGUUAUCUGGUUACGCAAGAAGAGUUGGAUCAGACGUUGGACGAAUUCAAAGAGAUGUUUGGCGAUCGACCAAGCGAGAGAAAGCCUGCCAGAAGUGAUCUCACGAUAUUAGUCGCUCAUAAUGACGAUCCAACAGACCAAAUGUUUGUUUUCUUCCCAGAAGACACAAAAAUUGGAAUUAAGACUAUUAAAGCAAUUUGUCAACAAAUGCAGGAGCAGACUAUUACGAGGGCAAUUAUCGUGGUCCAAAAUGGAAUGACUCCUAGUGCGAAACAGGCUAUUGCUGACAUGGCACCAAAAUAUAUCCUGGAACAUUUCCUAGAAUCAGAGCUCAUGGUAAACAUCACUGAACACGAGUUGGUUCCGGAGCAUGUGGUAAUGACUAGCGACGAGAAGGCGGAACUUCUUGCCAGAUAUAAAUUGAAAGACACGCAGCUACCACGCAUCCAACUAUCGGAUCCCGUUGCAAGGUAUUUCGGAUUGAAAAGAGGACAAGUCGUAAAAAUAGUUAGGCCGUCCGAGACUGCCGGUCGCUACAUUACCUAUCGCCUGGUGGUUUGA